CCGGCUGGAACAGCUUCAUAAACUUGAGGUUUAGUUGGGAUCAGUCAUCUGGUUCUUGCCAGGAGUGAAGGGAAGCUCACUUCCAGGACCUGAAACCUACACGUGGGGGAUCCCAGACACUGAGAGCCAGAAGGGAUUGCUGGCUCUGCAUGGAAGCAGGGCAGAGAAGAGUUACCUGGGUAAGGCUUGGACUGGGAGACAGGCACUGGUGUUGACAGAGGACAGGCCACCGGGUGACACUGUUCUCCACCUGCCCACCAUCUGAGAUGCUUGGUUCCUGACUUGGUUCUCAUCAAGCUCAAUCAGACAAGUCAACGCAAUGGAGAACGGAAAUGAGACGUUAAUGGCAGAUUUUAUUCUCUUGGGACUCUUCCCCCAAAUGAAAUAUGUCAGUGUCCUCAUCCACAUUAUCAUCUUGAUUUACCUGGCUUCAUUCGCUGGGAACCUCAUCCUGCUCCUCCUGAUAUGGAUGGACCUGAAGCUCCAUACCCCAAUGUACUUUCUCCUCAGCCAGCUUUCUGUUGUAGACCAGGCCCUCAUUAGCACCACUGUUCCAAAGAUGGCAAUAAACUUUUUCUCUGGAAGGAAGAACAUCACACGUCUUGCUUGUGGAACCCAGUUAUUUUUCUUCUUUGCUCUUGGGGGUGCUGAGUGCAUCUUGUUGACUUUCAUGGCCUAUGACAGUUACGUAGCUGUCUGUAACCCCCUGAGAUAUGCAGUAUUUAUGAACCAUGCAGUCUGUUUACAAAUGGCUGUGGUGUCCUGGAUAGGGGGAAUUCUAGCUUUCACAGCUCAUACUUCUUACACCAUGAGUCUGCCAACGUGUGGCUCCAGAGAGAUCCACCAUUUCUACUGUGAGAUGCCAGGGAUCAUGAAGAUCUCAUGCGCAGACACUUCCACCUAUGAACUGGUGGUCUUUGUGAUGGGCAUUGCAUUUCUAGUUAUCCCCUUUGGACUCAUUAUGUCUUCUUACACCCUCGUCUUCCUCAGUGUCCUUCGUAUGAAAUCCCCCCAAGGUAGGAACAAGGCCUUGGCUACGUGCUCCUCCAAUCUUCUAGUGGUGAGUCUUUACUUAGGACCGUGUGUUUUCAUGUCUAUGACACCGGGUUCAUCCCACACCCCUGAGCAGGAGCAGGCUGUAUCUGUAUUCUGCACUGUCCUCACACCCAUGCUAAACCCCCUUAUCUACAGCCUGAGGAACAAGGAUGUGGUAGGGGCUUUUCAGAGAGUUGUGGGGAAACAUUUGAUCUCUGAACAGAAGACAUAA